AUGGCGAUGACCUUGCUUCCUUUGCAAAUGGCAAACAUCAGCAUUGCAAUAAUUAUUGUCCCUGACAAUGCCAGGAUACAUCACAGUGAAGGGGCUCUCCCAAGAUCAUGUGUGCAAUCACUCCCCGUUUCAUUCUCUCGAUGGGACAGCAAUCCGUGUGCUAGCAAUACUACUGGUACUGGUAGUAUUCAACCCAGCACCAGCACUGGUGGGUGCAAUGAUUCCACAGAUGACCGCGACGAGUCCAAUCAGCACACACAAGACUCCUCUGAUCAUGGUACCAUGAUUGGCAGUACCGGUACUGCUAGAGACCGCGAAGGCACGUAUUCCUGUCGGUGGGAGAGUGUUCCUUCCAAGAACCGCAGGCGAAGUAUGAGUUCACCGUGUCGCCCUGGGCACAAAAGAGACAACAAUAAAUCCAUGGCAAUAUGA